CGCUGCUUCCAGAACCGUCCACGAACAGCCAGCGGAGCUUACUGAACCCCGAAACUUCUGGGUAGUUUUUUUCAAAUCGCGCACUGGGCUAUACUAAACCGAAGUAGACAUGGCUAUGUUCAAGCUCCACGACCUUCCGCAGGAGUAUUUGGAAUAUAUGGUCGACAUCAUGCACAAGGAGGGACACCACUAUUUCUAUCACGACGACGCGCAAUAUAACGACGAGCAGGUGGUGAUUGGGCCAGACCAGUUGUUCGUGGGCUUCACAAUCCGCCUUUUCCUCUACAACAAGGACCAAUCAGGCUAUGCAAAAUUAGCGACAGAGUGGAAGAGUUCCGUUGGCCAGACAUGGCAUCUUGUGACAGAAUUUCGCGACAAAAGCAUAUGGUACGCGGGAAGAAGACGUUUCACAAUAAGGGACGAUAGCAAAUCUGUUGGUACACUGCCGGACGACUCCGUCUACACGCUUUCCAUCAGAGUUUUAACGGACAAAGUAUUUCAGGCACUCCUGAAUGAACAGCCUUUCUACCAGAUCGACGUGGAAGACACCGUAAACUACAGGUGGACUUUCCGCAUCAAAGUCCAGGGCCAAAUACUGCUUGGAAUGAGCACGACUAGUGACACUGUUGCACGCACGGAUGAUCUCUGGGGAAGACAGUGUUGUCUAAGGAAUCUGUGGAUGCCAGUGGGAACCAUAGGUGUUUACACAUGCGCUCUGGUGGACAACACUCAGGAAAACUGGAUCAAAUUGACAGACGGGAAUGGUACAAUAACUUCCCAUUAUUUUAGCCAUGGAAGCCUUCCGAAUGGUACGCUACUGCAUUACACCAUUCGCAUCUCAUUCUCGGAGUACAUCGUAAGCACCGAUUUCGACCCGAAAAUUGCUCCGCAAGACUCCGACGCACCGAACUACAUUAACGCAUACUUUUCAAAAGCACUGAACAUCAUCAACUUCGAUGUGGACAUACCAUACACGUAGAAGACGAAUUUACUCUCUGCAUUCACACGUAUCCAGAGUUCCCGUAAUUAGCAAAAUUUAAAGCAAACGAAUACUCCUGUUUCAAUAAAUUAUUAUCGCCGU